AUGACGCUGUUUGAUCAUUGUAAAAAACCCGCCGUUAAAAAAUGAGAAUUGGGUCAGCGAGCUAAUGCAGUUGGUUGUAACAGUUGUCUUUUCAUUCAUGGAGCCUUACUCGACGCUUGCCGGGACACAUAACAACCUGUUCGGAAGAGGGUGAGAGAUGUGCGGUGUUGCCAGCAUCUGUAGACGGGAGUCGUAGCCGUUAGACCGGUCCAUUUGUGCGCGUGCCUCCCACCGUCUGUUUUGGACACCGACAGACGAGCCCGGUGAACGUCCGCGCUACGGUGCGUACCGGCCCGGGUGGCGCUGAAUGGUUAGCGGCUGGGAAGGACAGACGUCGGGAGCUGCUCGGGUGAAACACCCCGCGCCUCGCCCCGGAUAGCCAGACAGCAACACGGCGCACGCUGGAGUAGUUGCAACAAUUGAAAAGUCUUGGUUCGUGAAGAUGACUUCUAAAGACAUGUGAGCCUCAACUCUUCUGCCUAAAACUGCAUUUACUCUAGAUAGACAUUUGCACAGUUUAAUGAUGUCAAGCCGCCGAAAAUCAACAACGCCUUGCAUGGUGCUGCCCUCUGAUGUGGUGGAGCAGUUACCAUCUGAUGAGCUGGAGGGGAUAACUGAAAGAACAAAAGAAGAUCAUACUGAUGGGGUGGACGGGACAGUAGAUAAGGUUACAACAGCAGAGGAACUGGAUCAUACAGUAGUGGUUGUCCCUACCCUACCAGAUGCUGGCGAAUCCAACAACUUAGAGGAGAAAGAUUCGCUGAGUCCAUCACUAAAGUGUAGCACCGCAAACGCCCCAGAGUGUCGGGGCAGCGACCAGUAUCAGCAGUGUGACAUGCCUGAGGAAGCAGAAGCAGAUGCCACAACUGUUGCCGCCAUUUCUCUCAGCAAGACUCCGAUCAUGAGGAUGAAGACCAAAUCUGAACCCAAGAAAAUCACGUCUUCCCUUAAUGCAUCAGAUGAAGUAGUGGAGUAUUUUGAAAGAGGGGUCGAAGGCAAGCUGGGCGGAGAGCAGGAGCCAAUCGAAGCUCCUCUGGGGCCCAUGGCAUCUAUGGAGAUGCUGCUGCACGACUCUAUGAAGCUCGGAGGAGGCAACUUUCUAUUCAGCCAGCCCUCAGAGAAGCCAAGGAAGUCAUCCAUUUUAAAUCCUACUGUUAUUCCUCCUGGCCUGGCACAGGUGCUUUCUGCUUUCCAGGCGCAGCAAACUACAGCAGCUCAACCCCAGCUGCUCAUACCUCUGAGCAGCAUUCCCUCUUAUAGCGCAGCUAUGGACACCAACCCUCUGCUGGGCGGCACCUACAAGAAGUUUCCCUACCCCUCAGUGGCUGAGAUCAACAGUCUGGCAGGGCAGACGCAAUUCACAGAGGAGCAGAUUAAGGUAUGGUUCUCUGCCCAGCGGCUGAAGCACGGCGUCAGCUGGACCCCAGAGGAAGUAGAAGAGGCUAGGAGGAAACAGUUCAAUGGCACCGUGCACACUGUGCCUCAAACUAUCACUGUCAUACCUGCUCACCAGCUCUCAGCUGCUGCCAACGGCCUACAGUCCAUUCUUCAGACCUGCCAGAUAGUGGGCCAGCCAGGCUUGGUAUUCACGCAGUUGGGUCCAGGAGGAAACCUUCCAGUGACCAAUCCCAUCACCCUGACAGUGGCAGGUCUGCCCAGUCAGUCCCAGAGCUCCAGCAGAGUUUCCUGCCAGUCCACCCCAACAAACAGUGAUCUUAAACGGGCUACCACCAUUCAGCCCCCCUCUCUUUCCCCCCAGGAGAACUCAGCCCUGAAUGCAGACACAUUCAGUAUGCGGCCCAAGAAGUCCAAAGAGCAGCUGGCGGAGCUGAAAGCCAGCUACCUUAAAAACCACUUUGUCAGUGAUGCAGAGAUCGCACGCUUGAUGAACAUCACCAAUCUGACCAAGGGCGAGAUCAAAAAAUGGUUCAGUGACACCAGGUACAACCAACGAAACUCCAAAAACAAUGUGAUUGUUUUCCACGACGGAGGUAGCAGAGGAGGAGGCGGUAGCUGUAGCAGCAGCGCCAACGCCACCAUAGUCAUCGACUCAAGCGACGAAACCCCGUCAUCCCCGCACCGUGCCCGCACGCCUCCUGUGAAGGAGAAGGAGACGCGGCCCAAGACGUGGAAUCCUUUCCCCGACUUCACUCUGCAGAAGUUUAAAGAGAAGACACCGGAGCAACUGGUGGUGCUGGAGGAGAGCUUUGAGAAGAGCAGCACUCCGUCAGAUGAAGAGCUGAGCCGCCUGAGAACGGAGACAAAACUGACACGCAGGGAGAUUGAUGCCUGGUUCACAGAGAGACGAAAAAUUCCGACAAUCAGCACACCCUCCCCAGAUUCUUCUGAGGGAGGGCCAACGGACACCGGUGGAUUGAGCACUGAUGUCGGGGCUUCUUGCUCUCCCUCUUCCUCUCGUACGAUUAGUCAAACUCCGCCCGGAGGCCGCAGUAAGCAGAUAGCAACCAGCAGCAGCAGAGACAUCAAAGAUAAGACUAAAAAGACUCCAGAACAGCUCCAUCUUCUUAAAAGUGCCUUUGUGCGAACUCAGUGGCCCACCACAGAGGAAUACGAACAGCUAGCAGAGGAAACCGGUCUGCCCCGACCUUACGUCGUCAGCUGGUUCGGGGAUUCUCGGUACUCCUGGAAGAACGGGAACCUUAAAUGGUUCUUUCAGUACCAAAGUGGUAACGUGGAGGGCCCAAACAGUGGGGGGAGCAACAAAUUGGGUAGUCGAAAAAGACGUCCCAGAAAUCGUGGUUGGGGGAGAUCUCGAACCCGCAAGCAGCCGAGGCGGUCCGCCUCGUUUAGUUCAGACCUGGACAUGUGUCCCCCGCCAAAGAAAUUCAAGAGCGGCAGGGACAUCCUAAAGGAGUAUUACCUGAAGCACCGCUUCCUCAGUGAGCAGGACCUGGAUGAGCUUGUCACCAAAACCAAUAUGAGCUAUGAACGGGUGAGGGAAUGGUUCGCUGAGGUCCAGAGACGACUGGAUAUGGGAGCAGACCCCUUCCAGGAGCCGACUUUGGGGAGGGCAGACGGAGGAGAAGGGGCAGACGAGAUCCGGAUAGAGGCAUCGAGUGCCAACAAGGAGCCCUCAGGCACUGAAAUGGGAGAGGAGGACGAAGAUGACGACGAGGAGCAUGAUGAAGAAGACACAGAUGACAGUGAGGUUUGGGAGCCGUCACGCAGUGUGAGGAAGUCCUUGUCUGUGUCUGAGGACUAAAUCGUUAAAGAAUGUUACAACUCAAUAAUGGUGUUCACCUAAAUGCUCAACGGUGACAUUGAUUAUGUUCCAAAUAUUUGGGAAUGAUGCUUUAUGUCCCAAUCUCAGCUCUUACCCAGCGGGCAAUAUUUAAGCAAUGUAUUUUUUGGUACACCAAAAAAGCAGACAAUAAUAGUAUUUAAAAUGUAAAAACAAUCAUCAACUAGAAUUUAUGAUGUAAAGUCCCUCACUGAAUUUAAUGCUGCAUUUCUUUAGAAGUGUUUUGAGCACAAGCGCAAAUUUCAACUUCAAUUGCAAAUGAAUGUUGGCCCCUUUUCACUACAAAAUGAAAUGUGACUCCUUUUUAAUGUGUUUACAAGGUGCGCUUAAAGUUGCCCUUAGGUUAAACCACAUUUAGCACACCUGGUGGAAGGGUUCCGUCAUCAUUUUAAAGCGACACACACCUACAGUAAAUGAGAAUGGAUGAGUUUACAUAGGUUAUGGUAAUCCAUCAGAGAUAAAGGCUUAAUGCAACGUGAGCCAAAGUACGUUAAUACUGAGUGAACACCAAUGUUUUGGUGGAAGGAUGUCUUUUCGAAGUCUUCCCUUGAUGGUGGUUACUAUUCUACAUCGUGGAAAAAUGUAUGUUUAAUAUGCACUGCGAUUGACAUGUUUUGCACCUUUUGAUACAACAAGCUCAAGGCUGUUGUUACCUAUUUUCUAUGGAGGUUCUAACAGUUUGAGCUGUGCCAAACUUGAAUGUGUUUCCAGACUUGCAAGGCGGUGCUUUUGGCCCGCCCUAAAACAAAACAAAACAGUGUUUUGCAGCAAGCAUGCACUAACUGCACCUCCAUCAGUAAAAAAAAUCAUAACCAAACAUAAUUACUGGUCUGAUAAAUUGGUCUGGAUCUGGGGUCUCCAAAAGAUAGGUCACAAAGAGUCAAAUAAUGGUACUUUUUUAUAACAGUUCAAUUAUAUUCAAUGAGAAAAUAGCAUAGAGAAAUACAAUCACUGUUUAAAAAUACAAUUUAAAUGUUGUCAGUCAUUUAAAUAAAACACAGAUAACUAAUUUUUCCUUUCUAUUUGUAAAGUAGCUCUAAUACUGAUGAAAGUUGGAGACCCCUGGUCUAGAAAGACUGUCAACAGUAUUUUAAACAUUUCAAAUGAUGAAGCACCUGAACUCAACUUGUUUAAAAUGCACUUUGUCUACCACAGUGGAUUAAAUUAUUGAUUUGGCACCUUAUUCUCGAUGUAUCAUGAAAUGGCUCUGAGAGUCAAUGUUUUCUUUCAUGCUAAACCAGUAUUUUGCCUUUAAAAAAAAAGUCAAGAAAAUGUUUCCCCUAAGGGAGGACUCUUACCAGUGUAUCCACUUUUCUAAUAAUAUGUAAAUUAUGUUGUUUGAAAGUCGAAUGUUUAUAUAGCUCGGUGGAAUCAACUGCCACUUUUUUUUUUUUGCUUUAUUGCACAGUUUGAGCCACAUUUGGAAUACCUUUUAGUAAAAAAAAUGUGGUUGGUAAAGGUUUUUGUAAAUCACAGAAAUGGUGUCCACUUUCAUUUGUCCUUUGACUCUUUUCCCUCCAAGAAAAUCAUGUGGACACGAGCAGUGUCCUGCUUGUUGUGGACCGAUGAUACCAUAAGGACAUUGACUUUGCAUUCACAGACCCUUGCUUUCUAAAAAGAAAUGCUCAAAGGACAACAUAGGACUACCAUCUUUUCAACCAUGGAUAGGACCAUAGACCUUAAACCCUUUGCAGAUAAAUACUGUACCUAUAUGUGCCUCCAUGGCUUGUGGACUUGUUCCAAGACAAUUGCACCAUCUUAACAACACAAACCACUGACGGUGUAGUAGCCUUGUUCAAACCAAGUGGUGAUGCAUGACCAAGCUCUGCUUUCUGCCGACACUACAAAUGCCUGUCAUGAAGUUAACAUUGUAAACUUCGGGUUUUAAAACCUCUGUGUUAGGAUUUUUAGUUCUUGUAUUUUUGCCACCUUGUACUUGUCGUUCAUGCUAUGUUAGCACCUUUUUAGCAAUCUCAAAGCAUUUUCAGCCUGCCUGGCUUGCUGAUUGCAACCGAAUGAAAGCGGAAACACAUUAUUUGUUGUAAUGUGAACUGUAAGUGCCUGGGCAUGAAAAAGAACAAGAUGUUAUAGCUUAUAUACAUGUGUACCUACCGUUUAUACUUUUUUUUUGUCGAAUACUGCAUGCAAUAAGUACGUCAAACAACUUCUCAUUUUGUACAUACGUUUGGCUGGCUUGGUUUACUUGACACGGUGGCUAAGCAAGUAAAAGUUAGAAAAGUCAGUCACCAUUUUGACUGCGACCAUGAAUUGUUUCAGCCCUGUCAGUUACCUUCGAACUGUUCCAUCUAUGUUUUGUACUGCUGCACAUUCUGCUUACUUUUAGUCCAGAGAUUAGCUGAAAGCCUACUCCGAAAGUAUUUUACUAUUGUCCGCCUGCUUGUAGAGGUUUGCUAUGUUUUUACCAAUGAAAAAGUCUCAAAGAAUACUUUGUUUACACUGCACACAAGGUGAAAGUGAAACUCAAUCUGUUUUAGGUUCAGCCUGUAUUGCUGGAGUUGCUUUUGGGUACUUUGGGCUGCCACGGACCACACCUCACUUUGAAAAUACAUGAACUUUGUCGAAGGAAAUAGUAAAACUAAAAACAAAGAUGGUGUCAUUGGGGAUAUAAAUGCUACUGUUACAAUAACACAGGUACAUGAGUGUUUGAAACAGGUGACUUGUUUCCAUGGGCGUUAUGAAGUGAUUUGUCUUCUCAAUGGAGUGCGGUUAUCUAUCAUCAUGUAUCAUAUCAUAUAUCCCACUUAAUCUUGCUGUAGUUAGUAUGCUGACUAGUAUACCUGCUGUGUUAUUUACAUGCAUACCUUGUGUCAUCUAAAUGCUUCACUCAUUUUCUUUAUACCUGUGAUCUAUGAAUGUUUAUUUUGACAAAAUACACGUCACUACUGUCAUCUGCUUUUUUCCCCCUUUUUCUGAGAUUAUUUAUUCUCAAUGCAACACUUUCCUUCACUGCAAUCAUUAGAGCUGAUGGGUUUUCUCUCUACAGCUACAUUUCUACAACAUUAAUUCAAUUACAUUUCAUAAUGGUGCUACAGUGGCGUUCAUAAGGCUGGUGCAAUUGCUUCAAAACACUAAUAAAUGUUGACUUUAA